AUUAUUCAUGUCUGAUUGGCGUAGUAUACCUUCUGAAAAUAAGCAUAGAGAAUUUCUUAAGAAAUUCAGUGCUAUUUUAAUUGAUUUCGCAUUCGAGAGUGUAUCGCGAGAUAAUCCUGUAUCAAGAUGGAGAAGUGCAAGUUAUUUGCAAGAAAUUUUAGACUUCGAUUUGUUAGAAGAACCAAAACCACAAAAAGAUCUCUUGUUGAUAGCAAAUAAGAUCUUGAAAUACAGUGUUAAAACUGGCCAUCCAUACUUCAUGAAUCAACUUUUUUCUGGAUUGGAUCCUUAUGGCUUGGCAGGGCAAUGGUUGACUGAUGCUCUAAAUGCUUCGGUAUACACGUACGAAGUAGCACCCGUAUUAACUUUAAUGGAGAAAACCUUGACUAGAAAGUUAUUGUCUAUGUUUUAUAAGAAUGAUAAUGGAUGUGAAUUCGGUGAUGGAUUGUUUUGCCCAGGUGGAUCUUUUGCGAACGGAACAGCUAUCAAUUUAGCAAGAUUUUCCUUUAGAUGUGAGAAAAAGGAUUCGAUGGUGAAGCCAACUCUCUUUGCUUCGGAAGAUGCUCAUUACUCUGUAUCCAAAUGGGCAAAUCUUUGCAAUGUAGAUGUCGUUCUCGUGAAAACGGAUGAUUUGGGUCGAAUGAGCGUCGAUGAUUUAAAGAUCUGUAUUCGGCAGGAACAAGAAAAAGGCAGUUCUUUGUUUAUGGUCAUGGCUACAGCUGGAACGACGGUAUUAGGUGCCUUUGAUCCAUUGAUCGAAAUAGCAGAAAUUUGUCAGGAUUUGAAAAUAUGGUUACACGUCGACGCAGCCUGGGGUGGUGGUUUAAUAUUCAGUAAAAAACAUUGUGGUCUUUUAAGAGGAAUAGAGAGAGCAGAUUCUAUAUUGUUUAACCCUCACAAAUUACUGGCUGUCCCACAACAGUGUUCCUUAUUUUUGACAAAGCACCAUAAUAUUUUGACCAAAGCACACUCUAAGGGAGCUACUUAUUUGUUUCAAAAGGAUAAAUUUUACUCAGCUGAUUUAGAUCCUGGAGAUAAGUAUUUACAAUGCGGACGUAGGGCAGAUGUUUUGAAGUUUUGGUUUAUGUGGCAAGCUAAGGGAUCAUUGGGUUUUGAAAGACAUAUUGAUCAUCUAAUGUCACUGUCAGCUUUCUUUAAAGAUGAGAUUGAGAAAAAAAAACAUUUUGAGUUAGUGACACAGCCAUGUUUCAUCAAUGUAUGUUUUUGGUUUAUUCCUUUGCAUUUGAGAGAUAAGGAUUCUAUAUGCAACUAUGAGGAAGAAUUAAGCAAGGUAGCUCCUAAGUUGAAGGGAAUGAUGACAAAAAGAGAUCCCAGAGUGGCAAAAUUUCCCCUGAUGCAAGAUCCGUUCGUAGUGAUGUUAAUCCUGGUUGUUUAUCUAGAAUUUGUUCUUCAUAUUGGACCUCGUUAUAUGAAACAUCGGAAACCUUACAAACUGAAGAAAUUUUUGAUUGUGUAUAAUUGUUUUCUCGCAAUCGCAAGUGGAAUCGCAUGUUAUGGAAUUCUCACGUCGGGUUAUACAACGAAUCUUUCUCUGGGAUGUGAACCUUUUAAUAUAUCUUAUGAUCCCGAACCUCUUAAUAUGGCUAGUUGGGUUUGGCGGGUCUUUAUAAUGAAGGUAAUCGAAUUAAGCGACACAAUCAUUUUUGUUCUUCGAAAGAAAUACAAUCAGACAUCUUUCCUUCAUGUCUAUCAUCAUAGUUCAACAGUCAUAAUGGCAUGGACGGUUUGUAAAUAUGUUCCAGGUGGCAUGUGGACUUUCAUAAUGAUACCGAAUUGUAUCGUGCACGUAUUCAUGUACACUUAUUAUCUAUUGGCUGCUCUCGGAUCAGAAGUAAAAGAGAAGAUUAUGCCGGUGAAAAAAUAUAUCACGAAACUACAAAUGAUACAAUUCAUCAUUAUGCUGUUGCACACAGUUCAGGCACUGAUGCCCUCCUGUGAUCCAAAUAAAAAGUUUGUUGCGUGCAUGUACAUGAUGCAAGUAACUAUAAUGUUGUACCUGUUCUGGGGCUUUUAUAAAAAGGCUUAUACAAGGAAGAAGUUGGAGUAAAAAAUCAUCGGCGUUAUAUAUGAUUGAAUGAAUGAAAUAUAAAGCUAUUAGAAAUUUCUUACGUGGGGUAAUAGGUGGAUGAAUAUAUUUUGCACAUGCAUAUGUAUGUUUAUAUGCAUAUGUGUGUAUAUAUAUAUCAAUUGAAUUUUGCGAAAUUAGGCUUUUUCAUCGCAUUGAUCUUAAAAACAAAAUAUCUUCUAAGACUAUGUUGUAUUUUCUUAAUGGUACGCGUAACUAUUGAAAUUUCUCUCUUUUCCAUUAUUUUAUUCCGUCUUACUGUAUGAUGGACAACGUCACAUCGAGCGUUAGUUUCGUGCUCUUUCAAUUAAGCCAUAAGAAAUAUAAAGUUUGCACCGAUGAGUUACCAUUGAUGGUUUAUAAUAUAUUCUCAACGUUGUAUCAUUAAUUCUCUAAGAUGAUUCUUUUGUAUCGCAUAAAAGAAUAGUCAUGAAUAUUUUUGCAAAAAAAAUGCGAUUAAUUAUAAACCAUAUAUAAGAAUAUGAUUAUCCUUAUGCGAUUAUAAGUGUAAAAUAUUUCAAAAUUGCUAGGAAUAUAUGAAAAAGAAACAGACUGGUGGAAUAAUAUUACGUUUAUUAAUUAAUAGCUUUUUAUCUAAGCUCGUAUGAUUGUGGAUGUAUUUGUAUGGACUGCAGGAAGAAGGGUUAGGGCUUAUAUAGGGUUCCAUCGUUUUCACACUCUGAAAUUAGCAUAGCGGAUUAGUAUGUUCGUGGCUUUAAGUCGACACGCAUGGGCUACCGCCGAUAAGAGUUUAUUAACGUGGAAGUGUAUUUAUCUCAACCCUCGGGGUCUCGUGGGCCCUCUGCGUUGUACAUUCUUUGCCUUUCUCUCGCUCUUCCCUUCGGAGCCAUUUAAACGCUUUCACGCAUUGGCUUUUUUCUCUAGACGGUGUAUUUCGACUCGUGGUUCGUUCCUCCCAUAAUAUAAACUAUUAAAUAACAUUUUGAAUAAAUAAUUUCGUAUAUACUCUUGAGUCGACGAUGCUAAACACAUCGUUGAAAUAGUAAUGACGUAUAAACGUUAUACGAAUAUACGACACGAACUUUUCUCUAGCGAGACAUGUUGUCUUAUAUAUUUGAAUAAAUAACAUUUCUUUCGUAUUAUA